AUGACUUGUUUUUUAUAUGGUUACCGUCAAUAUGUAUCUCCAAUACCUCAACAACAACAUGAUUUACAUAAACCAUCAUUUUUAAAUGAUCAAGAAUUGAAAUAUUUAUUAGUUGAAUCAUGUGAUGCUUUUUUAUUUGCACUUAAUUCUGAAAAUUUACGUGUUAUAUAUAUAAAUUUUGUUCAUCCGGAUGAUGUAGAAAAAGUUCGGGAACAAUUGAAUUUACAACCACAAGAUGGAAGUCCAAAUGGAAAUGGUAAUGGAAGAGUUUUGGAUCUUAAAACUGGCAUAGUUAAAAAAGACGGACAUGCUACAGGUGCUCGAUUAGGCAAGUUUUUAGAUUAA